GUGCGUGCGUGUGUGUGUGCGUGUGCUUGCUCGAGAGGAAGGGCUCUUCACUGCAGGCACUGAGAUAAAGAAUUACGGACAGUGUGUGUGUGUGUGUGUGUGUGUGUGUGUGUGUGUGUGCGCGCUGGAGAGGUCGUAUAAGGUCGAGAGGGAGCUCUUUAAAUAGUCGACUCGUCGUUUCCCUGUGCUACAUGCGUGUGUUAAUUGAGAUUUAUCUGUUGAUCGGGGAAAUACAAAUCACAUUUUAUUUUAAAGUGUACUUACAUAUGAACAAAAUCACAGAAUAAACUGACAAAUAAUUGUGUGUAUAUCUCAGAUAAUGAAGUAAGGUUAGUGGUAUGAAUUAACACUGGGCGGUUAAGCAGCGGGGGGGCGUGUGGGGGGCGGUAUGAUUUCUCAGUGAUUCUCACGCUGGUGAAGGGGAAACAGUCAGUGCUUUAAUGUGUUUUUGGGUUUUUUUCCGUUUUAGUUAAAUAUUUGUCCUUUUUUUUUUUUGUUCUGACACGGACACUCGUACUAAUUUUUUAUGUCUCUUCACCGUACUUUAAUUCGCAGUAGAAUUUAAAUUUUUUGGUGUAAUCGUUUUGUUUUUCCAAUUAAUUUUCCUUCUUGUAUUUCUAGCUGUAAAAUUGUAAGUUGUUGGAUAUGUUUCCUUUUUCUUUUCUUUUUUUAUUUUUAUUUGCUUCUCUUUCUUGAUCUGUACUGUGACUGGGUAGACUGAGUGUAGAAAUGCUGCAGGAUGUAAUAAAAUCAGAUUGGGGUAAAAAAACUAUCGAUUUCUCCUUUUUUGUUUGUUUUCCAGCUCCUCCAGGGUCUCACGAUUUUUCAAUCGUUUAAAUUAACGCUGAAUCAAGGAAAGGCUGUAAUAUUCGGAGGAACUUGUCAUUUUUCAAAAUGAACGUAGAUUUGAGCUGAGAAGCGUCAUGUGACACGCGUUCAGCCAAAUCCCGCUCCGAUUAACAUGCGUCGAACACGAGUACAGCUAAAACAAUCCAACAUCUUUACCAACGAUCACUGCGAAAGACCGCGCAAAACUAUUUCACAAGCACAAACCUCCUGUACGGACAGUUUUUAUCGGUUGCGUCUGCGCUUGUGUAAAUCUUUUCAGCGGUUUGUUGUGCAGUAGGAUGGGUUGGUUCAUGAGAAGAAAAGAAUAUCUGACAGUUAAGUUGCAUAAAACAAGAAAGUGGAAGAACGAGCACCUUAAACUGUGUUAUUUGACCUGUACACUACAUCUAACACUGUUGCUAAGCAACGGUUUAAAUAAAUAAAUAAAUAAUAAUGGUUUAGUAAUAAAUAAACCUUCUGGCUGAAGGUUUGUGGGUGUGGCUUUGGCAGAAACAUUGCUAAAUAUUUUCUAAACCCAGUUUAAUAAGAUUAUUUAAAUGAGUACAUUAAAUAUUAAACUGACUAUAGCACAGCGUAUGAACAUUUUCAUCUGAUGUUCACCUUCGAGUCGUAUUUCAGUGAUCUAAUAAUGUUCUCAUUCCUUCCAGUUUCUCCAUCAGUGUGUUCCCCAGUGUCCUCAGAGCCACGCGCCGUGCUCUUACACAAACUAAAAGCACUUCAACAGCAGCCAUGGUGAAGAUCCGAACCCUAAACGAGCUUCCCCAACUCCGCGACUCGGAUUUUAACCAGCCGAGUCCUCGACACGGAGUCGAGCUCUUGUACUGGUUCGCACAUGUCAGCCAUGUCAACCAGCUCGACCCUACAAAUGGAGAUUUCGGGUUUCACAAGUUCCUCAACAGGAUUGAUGAUGAUGAGGACAAACUCCUGCCUGACCAGAACCUUCCAUAUUAUGAGGUGGGAAAUCUGAAUGAACCAGGAGCUGAUAAACUGCCCCACUACGUGAGACCACUCCACAAGCGCUAUUCCAAUGACGGUAACAAGGAUCGCAUCAUCGUGCGUCUGAAUCACGGCCGCAUCGACCGGGUGUACGUGACCGAACACGCGGAUCAGAAGAAUUUCAGCCACGGCCGCACCUACCGAGUCAGUCAGGGUCUUCUCAAUCAGAUCAGAGGGAUGGAGAGAGACGAGUUCCUGAAGAGAAUGCAGCAGAAGCAGCAGUAUCGGGUUAUUAAUCAGAGUAGCAAUAAUUACAGUUACGAUGGACAGAACAGUAGAAACACUAAUGACCAGCAGCGUGAUAACUCCGGGUCCUGGUGCACAAUUCUGUAAAUAAUAGUGAGUUCAAUUCUAUUCUAAUCUUUAAUGAGCACCAUACAGAAGAGAGUAUAGAGCUUAAUUCAGCAGCUGUAUGUCUACAGAAUCUCUCUCUCUCUCUCUCUCUCUCUCUCUCUCAUAUACACACACACACACACACACACACACACACACACACACACACACACACACACACACUCUGUAUUGUACUGAUGUGUAUUUGAUCAAAUUUACUCUCAUGGUUUUUAUUAAAAUGUUUCCAUUAGUUUAUUGACUUAUUGGUUAUAGUUGUAGUUUUUGUUCUUUGGAAUUGAAAUAAAUCUGUUCAUCCCGUUUCCUUUC